UAUAUACUGAGGGUCUGAGGCAAGCCUUUCAGUGAUAAAUCUAGAGUAGAAACUCAAAAUUGUUCGUAAGCUAUAUAAAUGGAAAAGUCGAAAUCAAAAGCGGUCGAAAAGGAGGGGGAGAAGAAAUGCUGCUGCAACUGCAAACAGAAGCUAGAUCCCUACCAGCUGUUCGAUGACAACAUUGAGGACAUCGCCAAAAGCCUGGCCCAGAUUAUGAUCAUUUGUGGCAUCAACACGACUAAGUCCUAUGAUGCCAAGUCAAUCAUAAAACGAGCCUUUGUAUACCACGAAAAGUUGCGCACUAGCUGUCCGCCGGAUCCGCCACAGGCCACCCAUCUGCAUCGGGAUGACCUCUUGCAAGCGCUGCGGAUCAAGUGCGAGAUGGAGAACGUGGAAGCCAUGCUCACCUACGCCAUCAUCAAGCGCUCCUUCAAAGCCUACUUCCACGGUAAGCCGCCAACAACCAUUAGCAAUCCCAUUAUGGAUGCCAUGACCGUACAUACCCAGAGGGCAGCCUGGAUGCAUGCCGCCUACAAAACGGCCCGGAUCUUCGAUAGUUACAAGGCGGCCUUUUUCUGGGCGCACAAGUCCUACGAGAAACAGAUCUGUCUUGUCUAUCGCGCUCUCUACGAGCGAAUGAGCGCCCGAGCCAACCCUCUUAUGGUGCCCAACUGCACCUGCCGCAACUGCUCCAAGCAGGAGGUUCCCGGCCAUAUGAAGCCCGGCGAGCGGGCGCACGAAAAGUUCAAGAUCACUGACGGCACUGAGCUGCCCCAGGCGUGUUUACUUUGCGGCUUGCAAGUGCCUAAAUUGAGUCCAGUUGUGAAGGUGAAGGCUCCGCGUCCCAUCCUCAAUCACGAGCUCAAGCUACCGCGCUGUACCAAAUGCAACUCGCCGCUGCUCAUCUGCGAGUGCAACAUUGACCAGUUGACGGGCGAGCAGUACGGGGAAUGCGGUCAAGACUCCUACAAGGUCAAAUGGUAUCGGUUGGAGCAGCAAACGGUUCCGCCGCGGUCCGGACGUAAGAGUGAGGAGGACAAUGACACCACCAGCUAUGAGGAUGCCGCCGAGCCACUGACCGACUGGGAGAACCAUCAUUGUCCCAUUGAUUGCCAACAUGACAGCUGCAGUGAGGCCUCGAAUGUGUGCCAGGAACAAAGUCGUCUUAGCUCCAGCGGCGACUCCACAAGCUCUUCCUUCGCCACCUGCACGGACCCUGAAAGCGAGGACAUUGUGGAGAAGCUCGAGAAGUAUUUGAACAAGCUCUGGGCCGAGGAGGUGGCCGCCAAGAACAACCCCAACUCCUACGUGACCGGCAACAUUUAUGCGCCGCACCCGCCCUGUGAGCCCUGUCACCGCAAGUGAAUCGCACUUCCCAUUAGACUGUUUAUGUUUUGGACAAUAAUAUGUUAGUCUGGUACUGACCUAUUGCAUUUCA